UGCUGCAUUUCAUCGUUUUGGAUAAUGGGUUCUUCAGAUUCCUUAUCGCUUCCUUCAGAGCCUCCAUAUAUAGCCAAGUGGUUCCCAAGUUAUGUAUACGAGUCUCCAGAAUUGAAUAGUAUCGAUGAUUUUAAAGAUUCUGGUCGUCCCAUAUUAGCUGAAACUGGGGAGAACGAAGAGGAAAAGGAAGGGAAUUUUGAUGAAAACGGUGUACUCAAAAAAAGGCAUGAUGUUUUGCUUGCUGAUGGGAAGGAUACUUCAGAUGGCUUUCUCCAGUCUAAUAGCAUUGCUAGAAUUGACAACCGGAACAUUGAGGUUUUGAAAGAUUCAGAUUCCCUCUCACUUUCUUCGGUGCCUCCAGAUGUUAGGAAUUGGUUCUCUAGUUAUGAAUACGAAUCUCCAGCAAUUAAUACCAGCUACGAGUUCAGUUCACAGCCUCCUGGAAAUGUGUUUGAUGAAGAAUGUAUCACAGGGAAAGAAGACAAAUUGAUUAGGGCAACUAAGGCAGUUCAAAAGAAUGAUUUGGAAGGUCAGAAAACUUCUUUUGGGCUUGUCAAAUGUACCAACUCUGGCAGAAAAAAGGAGUAUGAGCACCACUCCUUCCCUAAGGAUAUACUAAAGGCUGAUGGAGAGAAAAACUCAGCUAUACUAAAUGACUUGACUCCUCAAAGGCGUUCAUGUCAAAUUCUGCCCUUGAAACAGAUGAUUGACCACGGUAAAGGUUUAGCGGAAGGUUUUGAACUAUCAAUCCAAAAUGGAAAAAGCCCUAUUGAUGCUUUAAAUGCUAAGUUCAAUGCGGAGCAUAGUCAUAUGAUGUUGAAUAUCAAAAGUGGGCCAGGUAGCAAGAUGGGGAACUCGCCUCAUAAGGCAAUUCAGAGCAGGGUUCCAAUAGAAGAGAGCGAUAAGCCUGAACAUUUUACCAUAGUUGCUACGACUAGACCACCUACAGAAAACUUGGAGUACCUGGUAAACCAAAAACCAGAAAACGAGGCUCCUGGUGGACAAGAGAAUAAAGAGAAUGCCAGGACAGGGUUUGCAGAAAAUGGGUUCAUUUCGAUGAGGAGGAGCAAGGUAGGUGAUGGAGAGAAUUCUUGCAAAGGGCCACUUGCAGGUGAGUCUUAUUCUUCUAGGAAUGGAGCCACAGUUCCACCAAGAGGCAACAAGGAGGCUACAGCAACAAGAAAGAUUCUCUUGGACACAACCAAUUUCCAAGCUCCUAAUCUGUUGGAAGUUACUGGAAAAUGGAGGUGUCCUCAAAAGAGUAAACCCAACUUAGGCCCUCCUUUGAAGCAGCUCAGACUUGAACAAUGGGUUCGUCGGGUCUAAACUUGUCUAGACAUCCUCAAAAGAGGAAUGGAUUGCUGCAAUUCCGUUAUCUAGACAUCCUCAGAAAGGCAAAAGGCAACAACCUGUAGACUACUAUAUGUUCUAAGAUGCUGAAGUAAUAGCUACUCAGGCGUUUGAAAAUAAUGUACCAAUUAGAAGAAUUGUCUUCUGCUUACACCGAAACUGCGCAUUUGCAAGCUAGAAAAUGCAUGUAGAUCGAAAAACUCAAGAUCUCAUGUCUUGAGCCUUCAA